AAUACAUUGCUUUUUAAAUGUCUCUGCUACUGAGCCUCUUAAGACAACUGCUGGAAUAUUAUGGUGUGCCUCCUGAACUGGUCCUACAAAGAUGUGAAGUUUGUCUUUAUGGUAUUGCUCAGAUGUUCAGAUCUCAUCAUCCUUUAAAUACCUUGUCUGCAGUAUACUUCCAACAGUUACGUGCCAUCUCAAGAAACUAUUUGGUGUCCUGGUCUUGGGAAACAAAGAAAUAUGGAUCUACUCGAAGUUUUGUCCGCAGAUUGGGAAAAAUGAUAUCCUUAGACCCUUAUCCAAGGGCUCACUUUCAGCGGGUCCGGUGUCUGAAUUCCUUGGAUUCCGAGCAACAUGGCCUUGUUAGUUCCAUUACACCCUCUUUUGCUGAUGUCUUGUGGAUUGCAAAUGAUGACAGAGAGCCAUCUGCUAGAUUUAGAUUUGAUGAACAGGCAGAAUCUGUGCUUCCAUCUUCAGUUCUUUUGCCAGCAUCUUCAAAAGGAAAAGCACCAAAAGCAACUGUUGUGAACGAGGAUGCAGUCAAAAAAAUUUCUGCACUUGAGGAAGAGUUGAGUCAUCUUCGUGCACAGAUUGCUGCAAUUGUCUCAGUGCAUGGAGCAAGAAAUUAUCAUUUGUGUUCAGAUACUGUGAAUUCAUCAGAUACUCCCUGGAGUACUUAUCCACAGUCAGCAAUGACUUCUACACCAAUUCCCAUUUCUUCUUGUAGUACAGUAAUUCCGCCACCGCCACCACCACUUCCAGAUGCGCUGCCAUCUCAAUGUAAUCCCCAUAUUUCAACAAUUGAACUUAUAAAACAACGUCGAGCUGCAAGUAAGAUCAAAAAUAUUACAAAUAGGGCUGGAUGUCAGAAGGCUAAGACUGUUCCCAGUAUGACAGAUGUUCUGAAAGAUAUAAAUAAGGUCAAAUUAAGAGCUGUUGAGAGGUCGCCAGGAGGGACACCUCUACCCAAAACAAAGAAAGUAAAUAGAUUACAGUGGGAUCCAGCAGCUUUAAUCGCCAAAGCUCUUAAAGAGAAAUUUGCAGCCUACAGCAACAGUGAUGAUUCAUUUGAUAAAGAGAACAGAUCCUCUGAUGCUUCUCCAUUUUCCAGUCCGGAGACCCCAGGAAUUGGCCAUCACAUUUUGAAGCCUGCUAUCAAACAAACGCGGAUUAGAGCUGAGGAAUUCAGGCGGGUGUCGGCUACAAAAGGAAGAACAACUAUUUAG